UCGUGAUUGGCGAAAAAUAUAGAAUACAGAACUGAUUAUAAGUUUAAUCUGUUCUUGGCAUUACCACGUUCAAUCCAAAAAGUGAAAGAAGAUUAAAACAGAAACGAUUUUAGGCAUUCUGAAAGAGUAUGUUCGAUUCCAAUAAAACCAAAAAAAUAAAUAAAAUCACGGUGAUCGAAAAAGCAUAUCAUACGCUUCGCGAGUUACUUGUUAAUUUCAAGCUUGCAACAUGUAAAUACGAAUGAAUCAUUAUGUUUAAUGCGAUCAGUGCAACCAGAAAACUUUUCCAUACUCAUUCGCACUAUACUGCGAUUAACUGACUUUAGUGAACGCUGAUAUUGACUGAUAAGAUAAACAAAUUGCAAUUGGGUCUGGCACCAAAUCAGUUGACAUUAAGCAUCUGACUACGUUUUACCAUCACGGAAUACGCUUUAAAAAUGAACUCGAAAAAUAAAUUAGUUUUUGAUGCUGCAGAAAGUUCAACUGAAGAAAAAUGUAGUAAAUGGUUAGAAAACAGUGAUUAUUCAGCGAUAAGCGAUGAUAUAUUGUCAAGUGAUGGACACAGUACAGAAUUCAGCUCGUCUACAACUGACAGCGAGAGUUCAAAUACAGAUGACAUGCACAGUAUUGCUUCAGGUAAUGAGAUAAAAAUGAUACCAACGAAGGCCAACAUAACCGACAUCAAUCAUGCGGAUAUUUUACAAGCUGUAUUCAUGGGAAACAGUAAUCAAACAUUUGGAAAUAUACAGGUAGAGAAUUCCAACAAAGUACACAUUGGAAAUGUUACAUACGUUACUGGUCCGAUUCAUAUUGUACAAGCCAGAGGUAGCGACUUGGGGUCAGCCCAGACGUUUGAAACUAGUCCAUUGUCAGCUCAAACUCAACCGUAUUCAAACGAAUCAAAAAGGUCUGAGAAACUUCCGCAAGAAAAAGUAGAUCAAGAAGAAAGGAAUAAUGAUAAAUUAUUUGUCACAAACAUAUCAAGGCAUAUUGAUAGCCGUGUAUUGCGCAUUGUGGAUCGACGAACCUGGCUUGCUCAACCAGCCUUGGAAUAUGAAAAGUUGGACACUCCUGUGCCUUUUGUUGUGAUUUCGCACACUGCUACGGAGACUGCUGAAACACAGGCGGAUAUGGUGUACAUGGUUCGCAACAUUCAGUGCUUUCACAUAGAAUCCAGACGGUGGAAUGAUAUUGCUUACAAUUUUUUAGUUGGAAACGAUGGUAACGUUUACGAAGGGCGCGGUUGGCAACGAAUAGGCGCACAUACUUACGGCUAUAAUUCGCUGGGAAUUGGCAUUAGUUUUGUUGGUUGCUUCAUGAACGAAUUACCUGCAACAAUUGCUCUAGAUGCGUGCAAGCGACUUAUGGAAAGAGGAGUUCGUGAUGGUCAUAUUCGGAAAGACUAUCAGCUGUUAGCUCACUGCCAAUGCAGCCCAACUGAAAGUCCAGGACGUAUGUUAUUCGAGGAAAUAAAAACUUGGCCACACUGGGUGGCACAACCAUGGCAUUCUCUAUAGAUUAUCAAAGAAAUUGUUCAUAAAACUAUUUCAAAACUUCUCAAAAACAUUUCUUGUUUUUG